GCACACUACAGAAGCUCCCUGUGCCCAUGGGGCCUUCUCAGCCUGUCCGUGCCCCUCGGCCCCGGGGCCUAAGUUCCCCCUACCGCAGGCCAGGGCUGGGCUGGCCUCAGCCUCGAAAUCCCAGGAUGUUCAAGUGUAGCCACAGAAGGUACCGGCAGAAACCCCAAGGCCCAGCUGCCACCACUGCAGCCACCAAUCCUGCCACCGUGGCCACAGAUAUCAACAACACUCUUACCGCCACCACCAGUGUGUGGAUCCUUCCGCCACAAAUUCUCAGACACCUUUGUCAACCCGGCAGCUUUCUGAUCUUCUAGAAAUGUCCAGAAACUAGUCCAGAAGCUUGGCUGGCUCCGGACCUGCGUCUUCUAGGGGCCAUGAGUGGUUGACAGCAGGCAAAUACAAUCAUUUCUGCUCCAACGGCCUUACUCCACUCCAAGGUGUUUCCAGACAACUAUGCGGGGUACGAGGGCAGGCCUGGGGCUGAACGCUCCCCGGGACAGGCUUCGGUGAGGACAGAUGGGAUCACAGUUAGACAAUGGAGGGACAGCACAAGGUCAGCAACACACACCAUUUCUCCAUCUUUGGCCUCAGCUAUUGAUCUGCCCCAUGAGGUAGGGGGCCUUCCUGCAUUGCACAGGGAAAAGGGUCUCCAUAGACAUCUUGGAAGUUAUAGAGAACCAGAUCCUUGAGGAGGGAGGUAGAGGCACG